GACUCCGGCGACACCUGCAAACUAAACUCUUCUGCCGCCGGGGCGCAGCCGUUACUGGACCCUUCAGUGGAUUUUAUGAAGCACACUUUCUGUUUCUUUCUCUCUAUUGAAAGCUGCGUCGUCCGAAACUCUUAGUUUGAUGUUCUGACGACACUUAGGGAUACAGAGGGACGACAGCAGUGACCACCUGCGUGCUGGACUGCAGUCGAUGGGGACAACAUGGAGACCGACGGAAGAAAGGUGCCUUUGUAUGGCCAGGUGGAGACCCAUAUGAUGUUACAAGGAGAUGUUCCGAAUGAGGCUGAGUUUUUUGUUGUGCUACACGGAUCCAACCUUUUCCAUGUGACUGGAGCACAAAGAGAAGAUGAAGUGAAGCUGAGGUUCACAGUGCCUGGACACGAUGUCGCAGAAGUUGUCUGCGUCUCUUCCUACUUUCUGUACGAACAUAAAGCCCAGCUCUGUGGUGUUCAAACAACACUUAAAUAUGUCAAAGACUUGGCCUAUGAAGCUGCAGAGCGCCUGAGUUCAGACAGAAACCAGCUUGUACCUGGGAGCUACCUAGAUGUGCUCGACAGACUUUCUGUUGUGGGAGCUGAGGAGCAUCAUCAAAGUGAAGGCAGCAAUGUUGGAGUUGACAUGGCCAUGCUAAAAACGAUGGAUGAGAAGGUCACCCUUGCUAUCGCCAACAUGGAUUACCCUCCAUGGUGGAGUGACCAGCACGCGGAAGAUAAUGACACAGCUGAAGCCAUGCUGCCCAAGGAAUUGCUCCUCCAACUGGCUGUGCGUUUGAGACUUCUGCACCUCUGCCGCUUCCUAUUACACCAGCCAGCAGGUCAAAGGUCGUUGGCUUUAGCCGAUCAGGAAGGACUGGUGUUACCACAGCAGGACGGAGAGCGUGACAUUCUCAGGGAGCUAACCCCUGGUGCUGGUCCUGUUCCUGGAGUGUGGUGUGUGUGGUCCGAUCAUUACCGAAUAUUGAGGUUUUGUCCUGCAAGUCAAUCGGCGACGCUGACUGUCAAGCGAGGCCGUGACGUUUCUCCUCAGGAGGACAUCCUGUUGUUCAGAGACAAGCUGAGAGACCCUCGUGUCAUCGAGCAGAUGAGCGGUCUGACUGUUGUCAUUGAUGCUGGGAAAGAAGACGAGGAGCCGACAGAAGAAGCUGUGAUUGACAAUGUCUUCGAGGAGCAGCUCAUUCUUUCCCUGGAUGACGAUGAUGUUGAUGAAGAAGAAGAAGAAGAGCCACCGUCACUCUCUGUCAUAGAGGACCAGAUUGAGUUUUGCCAUCAUCCAUCAAACUCCCCUGUCUCCAUGAUGGAUGGUAUCAUUCCAGUGGACAAUGGCGACUGUAAGCUGAGCAUCGGCGGUGUGACCCGGGACAGUUCCGGGACCGACGGCGGCUUCUGGGAGACGGAGGAGGUCACUGUUUCAUCUCACUCAACCCCAUCUGGCUCACCGAAAGACAGAGCUGAGUGUAGCCUGAAUGCUCUUGUUGAGCAGACUAACCUGAGCGAAGAUCUGCCCAUGGAUACCUGUGACAUCAGUUCCGUGUCUCUGGAGGUCGACAGUGACGAAGACUGCUCACUGAAGCCAUCUGAGCCUCCCGACACACAAAAAGAGGAAUCCUCCCAAGCUCUGACCUGCACUCGCAGCCAGUCGGCCUAUUCGCCUCACAAGCAUGUCAGCCCGGAUGAUCAAGGGAUCCGCCUGCGCUCCUACUCGUCCUCCAAAAUCAGCCUUCGUCCGACCCGGCUUCUUAGAGACAACCAGGGCACCGACAGGAACCCUGAUGCAGCUCUGCACGGCGUCAGCCACGGCCGAUCUCUCCUUCAGGCUCUCUCUCUGUCUAAAUCUCUGUCUCUGCUGCACCCUGGGAAACAAAAACACUCCACAGAGCCGUCGCAUGAGAAAAGGGAUGUUAGCUUCCGUAAACGCACGCAGUCAGCAGACGAGGAGGAAAACGAGGAACUGUCCGAGUCGCUCCAUCAUCUCACUUUGUCAGAGUUCCUCAAAGAGAUCGAGGAGGAGGAGCAGGACAAGUACAAUAUUCCAGCCAAAGUGGAGUCAGACAAGUACAAAGUCAUUCGGACCUUCAGCUUCCUGAAGAGCCGCAUGUCCAGCACACGGAGCAAAACCAAAGUGAAGGUGAAGGACCGGGACUCCAAGGAGCGACCUAACGGUCACCGCUUCUCCGCCGGGGCGUGUUUGGGCCCGACGAUGUGUGUGGUGUGCGACCGGCCAGCCACAGGACGAGAGCUGCUGCACUGCCCCACGUGCACCGCCAUCGUCCACAAAGGUUGCAGAGACGCCGUCCCACCGUGUCUGAAGAAACUUCAGGACAAAUAUUCUGUGACGUCAGUGAAGAACCGGACGGCCUCGCUUCCUCAGAACUUCACCGUGAGAGAAAGCUCUCCUCAGACCAGUGUGUCCAGCUCUCCUCCAGUCUGCAGUCAAAAGGACUCAACGUCCUCAAGUCCAGUUACAGGAAGUUUCCCCUACAUCGACGGGCGACCGGGGGACACUUCAGAGACAGACACGUGGAGACUGAUGGGUCAACAAGAGGACAUCCUGCUGGUGUCAGCGACUUCCACUGAUUUGCCAUUUGACGGUGUGGAUGCUCAUGUCUAUGGCGACAUCCUGGUGGACACUGCAGACUUUGAGGCAGAGUCCUGGAGUCUGGCGGUGGAUCACAAGUUCUGUAAGAAGCAGGACAAAAAAGCAGUGAGGAGACAGGACGUCAUCUAUGAGCUGAUGCAGACGGAGCUCCACCACCUGCAGACUCUGCACAUCAUGGCGGAGGUCUUCAGACGGGGCAUGAAGGAGGAGGUGCAGCUGGACACAGCAGCGGUGGAGCGGGUCUUCCCGUGUCUGGACCAGCUGCUGGUCCUUCACCACGACUUCUACUCUGCUCUGAAGGAGCGAAGGCUGAACUCGGCCGAGCCACAGGGACACAGGAAUUACCUGAUCCAGAGAAUAGGGGACAUCCUGCUGCAGCAGUUUUCUCAGGAGAACGGCGAGAAGAUUAAGCAGGUGUAUGGGGAUUUCUGCAGCCACCACAAUGAGGCUGUCAGCUUCUUCAAAGACUUGCAGCAGCACAACAAGAGGUUUCAAGUCUUCAUCAAGCAACAAGGAAACAACUCGCUGGUGAAGAGAAGGGAGAUCCCAGAAUGCAUCCUGCUGGUUACCCAGAGGAUCACCAAGUACCCAGUGCUUCUGGAGAGGAUCCUCCAAUACACUCAAGAGGACACCCCGGAGUACCGGGACAUCUCGGAGUCCUUGGUGCAGGUCCGAGACGUGAUCACCGCCGUGGACUUGAGGGUGAGCAAAUACGAGCGCCAGCAGCGUCUGCUGGAGGUCUCGAGCCGCAUGGAGAACCGCAGCGCGGCCAAGCUGAAGAAUGGCCACACGUUCAGGAAGCAGGACAUCACGGGACGCUCACUUAAACACCAGGGGGUGCUGCUGUGGAAGACGGCCACCGGGCGGCUCAAAGAUGUCCUGGCUCUGCUGCUCACAGACAUCCUGGUCCUGCUGCAGGAGAAAGACCAGAAGUUCACGUUUGCAGCCGUGGACCAGAAGCCGCCCGUCAUCCCGCUGCAGAAGCUGAUCGUGCGAGAGGUGGCCAACGAGGAGCGAGGGAUGUUCCUCAUCAGCGCCUCCACCGCUGGGCCUGAGAUGUACGAGGUCCACACGUCGUCCAAAGAAGAACGCAACAUCUGGAUGAGGCUGAUCCGAGAGGCCGUGGAGAGCUGUCCGGAGGAGGAGGAGGAGUCCACCAGCGAGUCAGAGGAGGAGAAACGUGUCGCUGAAGCACGAGUCCAGAAGAUCCACAAGCUACAAGAGAGUCUGAUGAGCACGGACCAGCAGAUCUGCUCCAGCCUGGAGGAGAAGCUCCACAUCUAUGCUGAACUCUCGACCAUGAAUGGACGAACAGCAGAGACGGUGCCUGAGCCCCGACUGCUGGUCCAGCCGAGUGCAGAGGAGCCGCCUCAGGCUGCGGCGCUGCUUGCUGCUGCUCUGCAGGAAGCCGAGAACCUGAAAGCAGCACUUUCCUCCAGAAUUCCGGCGUUUCCCGGUGACCAUACCACAAUUAUAGAUACCUGCUCUGACCUGGAGGUGCAUGUGGAGGACCUUGAAGCUGUUACCCCUGACCUUGACCUGAAGGUUUCCCGGAGCGUCCACAGUCUGACUCGGCUGCUCUUCAGUCUGCAGGCGGCGGUCACCAUCCAGGACAGCUGCUACGAGGUCCAGCGGCUGCUCCUGCAGGACUCGGGCCGCCCGGCGCCUCGCGCUCAUCACCAGAGCGCCCGGGCCGUCUUGCUGCAGGAGCAGGAGAAGCAGCGCAACCAGGAGAAGCGGAAGGAGGAGGCGGCCAGCGCUCAGCGGCUGCAGGAGCGACUGAGGCAGGAGCGUGAACGCUGGGAGCGGGAGUGGCAGGCUCGAGAGAGUCAGCAGGGGGAGCAAGAGAGCCAGCUGGAGGAGAGGGAGAAGCGCUGCCACCUGGAGGCCGACAGGCUGAGGCGGGAGAGAGAGGAGCUGGAGGAGCAGCUGAGGGAGUACCAGCUGAGUCUGGAGCGGCUCAGGGAGGGUCAGCGCAUGGUGGAGAGGGAGCGGGAGCAGCUGGAGGGUCAGCAGAAACUCAUCCAGACCUUCAGGCCUGCCGUGAUGCCUCACAUGGUCAUCCCACUGGAAAGGCAGCAGGACUCAGUGCUGCCUGCCGACCAUGCUGGGAACGGAUCCGUGUUUGUCAAUGAGGCAGCGUACUCCAGCGGUGGCGUCAACAACCGGCACCACAAAGGAACCGACCCGAGCGCCCACAACUGUCUCAACACUUUGCUGGCACACUCCAGUGGUCGGAGACCGUCCGCUGCUAAGAGCGCGCACUUAGACCCGCAGAGCCUGCACCACUAUGGCUCGGCAGAAGAACUCAGGGGGCGAGACACUCACGCCGAUCAGAGAAGCCACAGUGGGGAGGCCUGGUCUUCACAGGCAAGUGGACCCGAGUCAUUGUCAGACCUUCUUCAGCCUGGCGACCCUGUACCGGACCUGCACACUUUGGUUUCCAUGGAGAUGGACAGCGGAGGAGAAGAGGGCAGAGAGGAGACCAUUGUGUAUCUUUAACACCGAAAGGCCCUAGGAGACUUUGAUGCUUCAUUCCAAGGACGUUUUGAUGUUUACUGCAGGAAGUCGUGCACUUUAACCCGCUGCCCUUGCAUCGCUGUCUGUCGCUGCUCUCUCUGGUCACAUCUCUGUCACUCUCGCGUCAGGUCAUCGGUGGACGGUGGGUCCGCAGUCAUUCACCCGACAAGCUGUUUACCUUCUGAGUGUGAUGUGACAGGCAGAACAAUAGAGCUGAAAGAUCGCGGGUGACGUUCUUCGCACACACAGCCCCGAGACAUUGUUUGUUUUGUUUUAUCUGCAGCGAGCUUGCUUCACUCUGGAGAAGAGAGAGCGGAUGUGGGUUUUCAAGCUUUGAAAUAUUGAUGAAAAACACCAGGGCUUGAAGGGAACGUGGAGAAACAGCUCACAAAACGAUCCCAAAACAAGCAGCGAGCAGGAGAGUCAACUGGAACUCUUUAGUACCAUCGGAGCGCAACUCCGUCAACAUCUCUCUGACGUUGAGCUUUAAAUGUGUGAGGACUCUGAAAGGAGAUGUGCGGGCCUCUUGCUACAUGCCACGAUCGCUGAGGGCCACGACUCUGCACUUAGAUGUCUCUUGCUGACUCCUAUUGUGGAAGCGCAGGUGCUCUUCACGACGACAACAGCUGAGGAAGAGCUGCCACGACUACGAUACCCUGAGUUAGCCAUUGCAUCAGCCUCAUCUGAGGAUGUAGUACUGAUGGUGAAAGUGAUGAUGACAUGAGUUGGUCACCACUUGACUUGACUUAUGAUUCACACGGUGGGAACCACUUGAGUUGUGCUUGUGAUGAUACAACUUUGGAGCAACUCUGAACCUAGCUGGUCUGGACACACGAUCUGACUCACACUGUAGCACGCAGAGUCUUGAAGUACUUACUUGAGGGUGACUCUCAAAUAGAACGUCGUUCCCUGGAGACAGUCCGGAGACUUGCAGCAAGACUUGUUGUGACACACACUGACCCCUCACAGCACAAACCCUUGAAGAGAUGACGCUUGUAGGACUCAUCAAUGUAGGACUCAGGACUGUUGACUGUUACCUGAGAUGAGUGACCUGUGCUGUGGAAUCUGUAUUUUGAUGACUGAGGAUGUGUGACUCCUUCAGUGGCACCAGUUGGUGUUUGGUGAGCUUUACCUCUGACUUCCUUCAGAAGUCCACUGGAUCCUCAGCAGCUCUGAAGGUGGUUCCUGAUGAAAGUUUAGGUUUUCUCCACAGAAACCGUCUGCUCAAUGAUGCAGGUGUUUGUGCUGAAGAGGACCAUAUCACCAUCUGGCCAGAUCUUGAAGUAGUAUUGCAUUGUUUCGUGUCUUCUGCCCGGCUGGCCAGGGUGAGGUUUGACGUGGGAAGCUCCGGGGCAGCUGCAGGAAACAACGUCAUGAGACGCUGACUGAAGAGUGGAGCAGAUGACAUCACACAGAACUGUCAGAGCCUUUAAAUAAAUGGUGACUCAAGCUGAAUUCUGAAAAUGCGGCAUGUGGUCGCAGAGUCAGAUCUGGUUUGGCGUUACGACACAGCGGUGUCAAGAGGUGCCUUAGGCCUGAGACUGAACCCCGACCUUUGACUUUUACUGACACAACCGUUCCUCACUCUCUCUGCAGCUUUAAAUUUGAAGUUGAGACUAUCUUGACGUGGAAUGUUUCUCCUUGCCAAAAACUUGACCUCCUUUCUACGACGACGAGGCAGUGUUUUCUCACCAUCUGAUGUCUGUGUUUUUAUUUAUUACCAAAUGUUGAUGCUCACUUCAUGUAAAUAUUCUGACAAGAUGAUUUACUGUUCUUGUGUGUUCUGAUGACAAUAGAGUCCUUCACUGAGGCGUCAACGAGUUUGUGGUCUUAGUUGCCGGUACAGAGUUCAAGAACUUGGAUGUGUGAAAUCAGCAGGACUGCGACGGUCAUUUCUGUGACUCCACCCGCCGCCUCGUCCUUGUUAGUGCGCCGCGUGUCGACUCAGCGAACGCAAGUGAAUUCAAACCUGUAAGUCCAAUUAAAACUGAUGGCAAGGUGGCGCCACAGAUGUUGUCUUGGGAACUUCAUCUCUUCUUAGUUGAGCUUUUAUUUGUGCAAGCACAUACAUGUGUGGAAUGACUGAAAAACUUGACUGAAGAUUUGGUUUUUAUGGUUAACUCACUGAGUCUCUUCCACUGUAUCAACAUCACCACUAGCAAGUACACAACUUCUACGCUCUCAUGUGCCAACCUUCUCUCACGACACUUCUAAUUUCUCCAGUAUCAACAGUCAAACCUUAAGGUCAAUAAUCUUAAUAAUCUUUGUUUGCUUGUUUUAUUUGUACCACGACCUCAGAUCGCAACUUUAAAGAAGUGCUACAUCAAAGCUUCUCUCUAAAAAAAACCUUCUCACACUACCACAACUUUCUCCAUCCAUGACAACUUCCUUCACGCGUGGAGGUCAUGUGUGUUCCAGUGUGUGCACUUGCAUGAACGUGUCUUCAUCUGAGAUGAAGAACAAACACAUCCUGAGGUGAUCAGACUCUUCUGGGGGACGGACAAAAUGCCAGAUGACACACAUGCGCACGCACAGCCCAGUGUGUUCCAUCAGGUUUGUCUUUAUUUCAGUCUUACUUCACCACAUGAAGAGCAGUUCCAGAACUGACUCCCCAGUUCCACUUCUGACCCCCUGACUUAAUUGGUUUCCCUGAAGGCAGCGCUCCAGAGUCCCCUCCUGCUGCCCUGUCAAGUGCUCUUGUUUAUCCCAAAACACGUGACAAUUACAAGACCGUAAGACGGCGCUGGUGUCACGGCACAGCUGAUGUGAGGUCACAUGAUCUCAACCGCUGGACAUCAAGGUGUGUUUUUGGAGGUUCGAAAUGGUUGCUGCUUGUUGCUUCAGUUUCUCUAGAAUCUGCCGAUAUGUGAGCUGUUUACGCCCCUUUUUUCCCAAAUAUUAAAAUUGGCUAUAAGUUACAUCGCGACUUUUCUCGCACCUUCAGUAAUUUAGCUUCAGACCACACGACGUCUAUCGCAACCUUGUUUUUGCAGCGUCUUCUGCUCAGCCUAACUCCCUCCUCUAAACUUCUUACCUCAGGAUUGCAACGUCUUGAUCACAAUAGAAGUGUUUUUCUUCUGAAAUUCUUACACAACAUCUUUAUCACACCUUAACAGCUCCUCUCUCGCGUCAGCUCUUCCUAAUAAGAACUUCUCUCGCUCUAAUGAGACCUUUUAGUGACACCUGUCAAGUCUUGGGGUCGUGGAUCACAGCGUGGCUGCUCCUCCUCCCUGCUCUAAGGAUUUACAAAACAAAAAGGCAGAUUCAAGAACUAUGUACAAUCAAUUAAACACUCUCGAGCUGUUGCACAAUUACUGUCCUCAAACCCGUCCUUCAAAGGUCGUUCAGAUUCCAAGCACAACAGAAGUCACUGCAGGACCUUUGUCUUCAGCCUCAGAGAAAGAGACAAACUGAGAAACAGCCAGAAGGUCAACGACUCCUGUUUGUGGAAAUUCUUCCUCAGCUUCUCCUCCAGACACCACCUCAGCAACUCACACUGUCACGUCCCAUUUCUGACACCAUCAGUUAACAUCACUCCUGAAUCCGCCACUUCCUGUUCUCGACAGCGAGACUUCUUUCUUGACACAACAAUAUCUCAACUCCUUUCUUCCACCGUCCGACCAACUUCUUUCUCACACUAUCACAGCUCUUCACUUCAUACAGUAAUAUUCCAACUCUUAUGUGUCAAUACCAAUAUGUCUUUUUUUAAACCAUUGCAACUCUUCUGUGUGACAAUGUUGCAUCUUCCCUCCCAAACUUUUGCAACUCAUCACAUUGAAAUGUCUUUCUGUCAGUUCCAAAACUUCCUCCUCACUGCAUUUCUUUCCUUGACUCUGUUGCAACUGGAGAGUCUUGAUUCUAGUAUUGCAACUUCCAGUCCAGGCAACUUUCAGACUUCCUUCUUACUCUGGCACAACAUUCUUCCGCACUAAAUCUCAAAAUCUUAACUACUUCCUCACCAUCCCAACUUCUGUUUCUUGUUUCCAGCUGCAUUGCAACAUCUCUCCCAAGCCGUCACUUCUUCCUUAGCAACUUGUUCCCCACACCAGUGUUUUUCAAUAUGUUUUAAGCCACGCCACACUUUGUUCAUUGAAAAAAAUCCCAUGGCUCACCACCAGCAGAACCUUGACCAAAGCACAAUUGUGCUCAGUGUAAAGUCCUGCAGAAAAUCCCUUGUAGUUUGCGAAAAAUUGUCGCUACUGACUGGACGAUGAAAACACAAGAAAAUAUAUUUGUUUAAAAAUGUCACCAGAAACAGGUGGGAAAUAUGACAAAAAUGUUUCAUGAUUUUUUUCAUUCAUUUAAAUAACAUUGUCGUUUGCAUGAUUUUAUUUAAGUUUGGGGAAUAUCCAGACAAAUCUUUAAUACUUUUGCUUCUGCUUCAUAACAUAACAUUGUCUCUUCACAUUUAUUUGGUUCUGCAUUUAGUCUUUAGCUAACUUUUAAACCACAAAGCAAACUUUGAGAGUGUUUUGAAGUGAGACGUAGCCGUCAGCUCUGUUAGCUCUGCAGCGCAAAGAGUCUGUGGCAUUGCGGUUCUGACAAGGUCAGAUCGUGAAGGUGUGUGGUCAAGGUAGAGGCGCAUGAGGUUUAAAAGCAACUGGAAGAUGCGCAUUUGACCCACUUGUACCCUGUGAGUACGUGGGAAGAAGAGCACAGCGAUUGAUGGACAAAUAGCCUCAGCAUAGCUCUAUAAUGUAUAGAAUGAAUGUGACCAAAUCCAUGUGAUCAUGAUCAUUAUCUAAAGUCAUCAUAUCCACCACCUCUGUCUCAGGACAAAUGAGGUGAAUUAUUUCCGACUGCACCACUGUCAAACAACACUGCGUGCUGGAGUCUUGCUGACCCGUGGUCUUGUUUCUGAGAAAGGUCAUGUGACAGCAUGUUGGAAUGUUGGCUCCACUGAUGCUCUUUGCCACAGAGUGAUUCAUGCAAAUGUCAGGAGCCACAACACCUUUUGUCAUCUUACCAGCGUCGCACAACAAGGAUUGUGGUCUCUGGAAGGGCCUGAAAAUGAUAGACAUCAGCUGCGCAGUUUCUCAAAGUGACCACGCUUCCUCCUUGUUUGAUCCUCAAGAGCCAGAUCAUCUGUUCUGUCGUCACGUCGUCGGUUGUUCCUGUGAUGUUGUUGGCACAAUAAGCGUGGCGUGCGUGUGUGCGUCAGCUGUCCGCGGCUCACAGAGGAAGAACCGUGACAGAGCGUGUUUUUAAACGGUGGCUAGACCAGAGAGCGGACAUCUUUAAAACGCCUCUUUAAUUGUGAAGCGGUUGAAGGUUUUUGGGGGGAGGAUAGGGGUCCGACCUGUUCAAACACGAUGCAAACAAUGGCGUUCGUGAGAGUGUGUGGAUGAGCAGUGAGUGGUGCAAUCAUCAACAACACUCCCGCCUUUCUUUGUCCCUUUAAAUUGAAGGGAGCAGAGUGUCGGUAAUGAUAGGGAGGAGAGUGGGUCCCGAACUAGGGGUUGGUUUACACAUUUAAGGACAGACCACCUACCCAAGUCUCACCUUACAUGGCCUGAGGAGUGAAUCAGUUCGGACGGAGGAGUUUGGUGCCACAGGGCCUGAGUCAUUCCAGCAGCAGCAGUUGCCUUGAAACUCUAGACCAGACCUGGGCAAAGUGAGGCCCAAGGGCCAUAUGUGUCCCUUUGCCAAUAUUUUAUUUUUUUUUGUAGCCAUCGAUGCUUCAACUGCAAAUAUAACAUUCUUUGUUUCAAGACUUUUUUUCUUUAGUAUUUUUCAUUCCUCAAAAUACAUUGAAAGAAAAUUUUAAAUAUACAAGUAACAUCCAACUUGCGACUGGGAUCGGUUCCGACCAACCGGUCAUAAGUCAGACUGGACAUUAGUGCCAUUCAAAAUAGAAGAUGCGAGGGUUAUAGGUACUACUGUAGUGGUAGAUUGCUGUGUGAGAUGCUGGGAUACUGUGCUGCUGUAACUGUGGUACGCGAUGCCGGGCUGCUUUGUGCUGCGGUGCAAGACAUCGAGAAAAAAAAAAAAAAAAAAAGCAUCCGCUGGUUGUGGUCGUAAGUACGAGUCAACGUUGAGCAGGUCGUAAGUCGGCUGUUACUUGUACUUUCAAAAUAAAUUACCAUUUUUAAGCUUUCUUAGUUUAGUUCAUAGUUCUAUUAUGAUUUAUAGUGAAAGAAAAUGAAGUGUUUUUUUUGGUUUCAAGUCAUAUUUACACUUCUUAACAUCCUCACUUCCAGUGCAUCUGUUUAGGUCUGUUUUUUCCUUCUUACUGAAGUGUAUAUUUUUAUAUUUUGUAUUAUUUAAAAUUUUUCCCGUCAUGCUUUGUCGGCAUCACUGUCUUUCUUCUGACAUCAAGGGCCCUCACAACAGUCACAGUUUAAACUGUGGCCCAAAGGAGAUUCAGUUUACCUCUGCUCCAAACCUUUCCCAGCAAAGCUCCGGUGACACAUGCACAUGGCUGAGUUCUCCUGCAGAAGACCAACUCCAGUGGUCUUCUCUGGAGAGUGUGCUGCUGCUCUGUGGGUGUUUCUCCGCCCGAGUGUCUCCUUCAUGUUCACUGGCCUGCGAGCUCUUUAAUCUCCCUCUCUUUGAUAGCGUCCUUCCCCGCAUCAGAGUCGACUGACAGCGCGCCAGCCCUCCUCGAUGAACACGCGGUCAUUAGAGCGGGUGAAAGCCAGGUCAGCCUUGCUCCUGUCCUCCCACCAGCCUACGAUCAGAGCCUCCAUUUGCUCUUGAUCAGUCGGGUCCUGCUCUGUGAUCCAGCCACGAGGUGAUACACAAGUUUUCUGAGACAAGUGUGGUCACAGUCUUCCUCUGGAGGAUGGUAGCAAACACUCACACCUCAUCCGUUAACCUCUGUAUCAGGGGUUCUUAACCUCUCUGACCUCCUUUCCCAGAACAAAUGGGUCCGGGGCCCAUUCAAGGAAUAGAACUGAUUCAAUACUGUGGUUACUGAUUUCAGAAUUGCUGGUUUCAUUUGUGUUCACUAACCGAACAUGUUAACAAACCAAAACCUUGUGAAAUGACAGAGAAACCAUGUGAUCAGGGCAAAGGUAUUUGUCAUGGAAAAGUCCAACCAGCUGCUGAAGCAUGUGCAAUUCAUAUUCAGCAAAUUUGCUAAAGAAAAAAAAAGAUGAAAAAAAUUAUUCU